GUCCAAAAACAACCAAAUCCUAUUUUAUAAUUUUUUCAUUCUGUUUCUUAUUCGUCGUUUACACGUUCGGCCAACCAACCAAACAAGCAAGGAGGAUAGGAGACUCAAACGGAAGAAACAAACUAACCAACCAAAACCCCAAAUUAAUAAUACAAAACCCCAAACCAAUCAAAACUUCUUUCUUUGGUCACGGAUGGCUCAAGCCUUGGCUCAUUUACCACCACUGGUGGUCAUCACCACCGCCGUCCUAGAGCCCCCACCGCCACCACCACCGCAGCCAAAACCGUAUGCUCUACGAUACGUGGCGGAUCUUCUUGGCCGGAUCGGUAUACAGGGAACAGACAAAGAUGGUAACAGCAGCCCACAGAGUCCGAGGAGUCCUAGGAGCCCCAGAAACAACAUCCUCAUGGGGAAGUACGAGCUAGGGAAACUUCUCGGCCACGGAAGCUUUGCUAAGGUUUAUUUAGCUCAAAACAUAAAAUCCGGAGAUAAAGUCGCCAUUAAAGUUAUUGACAAGGAGAAGAUCAUGAAGAGCGGUUUGGUUGCUCAUAUUAAACGGGAAAUCUCGAUCCUCCGCCGUGUUCGUCACCCUUACAUCGUUCACCUAUUCGAGGUCAUGGCGACGAAGACAAAGAUUUACUUCGUGAUGGAGUAUGUCCGAGGCGGUGAGUUAUUUAACGCGGUGGCUAAAGGUAGAUUGCCGGAGGAAACGGCUCGAAGAUAUUUCCAGCAGCUGAUCUCCUCUGUCUCGUUCUGCCAUGGACGCGGUGUUUACCACCGUGACCUUAAGCCGGAGAAUCUUCUUUUAGACGACAAAGGGAACCUUAAAGUCUCUGACUUUGGUCUCAGUGCGGUGGCAGAGCAGCUUAGACAGGACGGGCUCUGCCACACGUUUUGCGGGACUCCAGCCUAUAUUGCACCCGAGGUUUUGACUCGAAAAGGGUAUGACGCAGCCAAAGCUGAUGUUUGGUCUUGUGGAGUGAUCUUGUUCGUGUUGAUGGCUGGUCACAUUCCUUUCUACGACAAGAACAUAAUGGUUAUGUACAAAAAGAUUUACAAAGGAGAGUUCCGGUGUCCUCGUUGGUUUUCAUCUGAUCUUGUUCGGUUGUUGACUCGGCUUCUUGAUACGAAUCCAGAUACUCGGAUUACUAUACCCGAGAUCAUGAAGAACAGAUGGUUCAAAAAAGGUUUCAAACAUAUCAAGUUCUAUAUUGAAGAUGAUAAAUUGUGUAGGGAAGAUGAAGAUGAGGAGGAAGAGGCAUCAUCGUCUGGCCGGUCUUCGACAGUUUCAGAGAGCGAUGCAGAGUUUGAUGUGAAGCGUAUGGGGAUAGGGUCAAUGCCAAGACCCGCGAGUUUAAACGCGUUUGACAUUAUAUCUUUCUCUUCCGGGUUUGAUCUGUCUGGUUUGUUUGAGGAAGAAGGAGGAGAAGGGACCAGGUUUAUAUCAGGAGCUCCUGUUUCAAAGAUCAUAUCAAAGCUUGAAGAGAUUGCAAAAGUGGUGAGCUUUACAGUGAGGAAGAAAGAAUGGAGUCUGAGAUUAGAAGGAUGCAGAGAAGGAGCAAAAGGGCCUUUGACAAUUGGGGCUGAGAUAUUUGAGCUGACUUCAUCUCUAGUGGUGGUGGAGGUGAAGAAGAAAGGAGGAGACAGAGAAGAGUAUGAAGAGUUUUGCAACAAGGAACUCAGACCGGAGCUGGAGAAACUAAAACACGGAGAAGUUGUAGUAGAAGAAGCAUUGUAUAUGCCAUCUGAUAAGUGAUAAUUAAUAGUAAGACAAAUGGAAGGCUGAGAACAAGAAUAUACACUACAUUCUUUUGUUACUAUUGAUUAUUUAUUCGUUAUUCUUGUUCUAUGUUUAUGUAAAGUGUGUCUGUGUAUAUAUAAGUGUGUAAUGUGAGUGAUAGGAAGGUGAGAGAAGAAAACAAGCAAAAUUUGAGUGAGAUAUCAUGCAAUUUAGUUGAUUUUUGCUGGUCAUAGAGCCAAUUUUGGUUGAUUGCUCAUAAUAUAGUUUGUAUAUAUAUGUAAAGCAAGAGAUGAGCUUAAUGGAAAUUGUAUCUCAGUCUCAGCCUUCCUUUAGUUAACUGUUUUCUUCAUCCUGAGCUUUACUAUUUGGCUAAUUAGAGUUAGUACUCUUUGUGACAUUUUUCAUUAGAUGCAGAUUAAAACACCUCAAUGAAUAAAAACAAGUCAGUUAAG